UGUUUUGAAGCCCUUGACAAGACAAUGAAGUCAAUAUUACAGGCUGACAAACCCUUUGGUGGUAAGGUGGUUGUUCUUGGAGGUGAUUUUAGGCAGAUUUUACCGGUUGUGCUCAAAGCAUCAAGGCAGGACAUAGUACAUGCUACGAUAAACUCCUCUCCACUGUGGAAUUUCUGUUGUGUCAUGAAGUUGACUAAGAACAUGAGAUUGCAGUCAUUCUCUUCUCCAUCUAAUGUGGAUGAGAUAAAAGAAUUUGGAGACUGGAUACUGAAUGUUGGUAAUGGGGAUGUUGGGGAAGACAAUGAUGGUGAAGCUUCGAUAGAGAUUCCAGAUGACAUGUUGAUUGGUGAUUCAGAAGAUGCUCCGGAGUUCCUUCUCAUGCGUUGAGGAUCAAGGUUGGUGCACCCGUUAUGCUAAUAAGAAACAUCGAUCAAGCUAGAGGAUUGUGCAACGGUACCAAACUUCAAAUUAUUAGAACUGGCAUUCACGUUCUGAGUUGCAAAAUUCUUUCCGGAAAAAAUAUCGGUGACAUGGUGUUCAUUCCUCGAAUGACUUUAAUACCAUCUAACUCCGGACUGCCAAUUAAAUUUCAGAGAAGACAAUUUCCGUUGAUUGUUUCUUUUGCAAUGACAAUAAAUAAAAGCCAAGGCCAAACUCUUUCGCAUGUUGGUUUGUAUCUUCCUAGGCCUGUCUUCAGCCAUGGUCAACUAUAUGUUGCAGUGUCUAGAGUUAAGAGCAGGGGUGUCAUUAAGAUAUUUAUCAAGUCGGAUUCGGGUGAACUCACCAAUGUUACUAGAAAUGUCGUGUACAAGGAAGUAUUUCAUCAUAUUUGAAGGUAGAAAAUAUUUUCAUAUUUAUAAUUUAUUCAUGUAACAUGUUUUUUAUUUUAUUUUUAAAGAACUUAUUCUUUUGCAGGUGUUUCUUAUCUAUAUAUUUUCCCUGUGCGAUGUUAUUUUCAGUCAUUUCCCUAGGGUGCUCGGUGCAAUUCUUAUUAUCUUUAAGAUUUAUUUUUGACGAUAUAUUACUAUUUAAUAGUAUUCUUAUAUUAUAACUAUGAAGAACAUGACACUUAUAACAUAUUUUUAUUAUUGUUGGUCGAUUAUGUUAUAUACUUAAAUUCGGUGACCGUGAUAAUUGAUAUAUGCGUAAAUUUGUUUUUGAGACAUGUAUUUUCAGUUAGAAAUAUGUCGCCCCGUGCAUCGCACGGGUGAAUACUA